GUUACGCAAUUGACUGCAACUCUAAUCUGUGAUACUGGAAAAAACAUAUUUGAGAGAUGUGGCUUCUUGUUGUAUAUGAGUGAAGCAGCUGGCACUUACUUGAAGCAAAGAGAUUAGUGUAAGCCCCACAUUUAUGACCUAUGGCUAUUCAGAUUGGCAGGCAAUGAUGCUAUCUUAUGGGAGAGAGAGCCCAAUCCAAUGCCGUCGACCUGCAGGAGGAGGAAAGGUCUUGCGGGCACCACCUUAUUCCUUCUGCCCCAGCCCCCAAGCUCUACAAAGGAUCCCUGACCCAAGACCAUACAUUUUCCCCACAGUCAGCACUGUCAGUCAUCCAGACCAUGGGUACCUUUGCCCAGGUUCUCCUGGGAGACUGGCUAAAAGCAUGGAGAAGUUUGAACUGGACACCUGUUCUUCUAAGCCUCAUCAGAAGCCCCACACCAGUUUGGACGAAGGGCAGAAACCAGCACUUGGCAGAUGUGCAAGAAUCAAAUCCAUCCUCACUUCCCUUCUCAAGGUGCCUCUGAUGUUUGGCUUUUUGUACCUGUUUGUGUGCUCCCUUGAUGUGCUGAGCUCUGCCUUCCAGUUAGCAGGAGGUAAAGUAGCAGGGGACAUUUUCAAGGACAAUGCUAUUCUCUCCAACCCAGUGGCAGGACUUGUAGUGGGAAUCCUCGUUACUGUCCUGGUUCAGAGCUCCAGCACCUCCACCUCCAUCAUCGUCAGCAUGGUCUCCUCGGGGCUGCUGGAGGUACGCUCUGCCAUCCCCAUCAUCAUGGGUUCCAACAUUGGCACCUCAGUCACCAACACCAUUGUGGCACUCAUGCAGGCUGGUGACAGAAAUGAAUUUAAGAGGGCUUUUGCAGGGGCCACCGUACAUGACUGUUUCAACUGGCUGUCAGUGCUGGUUUUGCUGCCUCUUGAGGUGGCCAGUGGCUAUCUGCACCGCAUCACCAAGGUGGCUGUGGCAACCCUCAACUUCCACAGUGGACAGGAUGCUCCAGAACUUUUGAAAGUAAUCACAGAGCCCUUCACUGGCCUUAUUAUCCAGCUAGAUAAGUCAGUGAUCAUAGGCAUUGCCACAGGUGAUGAGAGCUUGCACAACAAGAGUCUGAUCCGAAUAUGGUGUGAAGCAUCAGUCCAACAGAUUUCUGCCUCAAGCUCUAGAGGAAGUUUCCUGAACUGCAGCUCCCAUGCCCCAAGCAGCCUGGACAGUGCUGGGAAACCAGGCAGUGCUGUGCAAGAGAAAUGCAAUCACCUGUUUGUGGACUCCUCUCUACCAGACUUGGCUGUGGGCCUCAUCUUGCUGGCUGGCUCACUGAUUGUGCUGUGCACCUGCCUUAUCAUGCUGGUCAAGCUGCUUCACUCUGUACUCAAAGGCCAGGUGGCCAGAGCUAUCCAGAAAGUCAUCAACACAGAUCUGCCAUCCCCUUUCAGCUGGGCCACGGGUUACUUCGCCAUGCUAGUUGGUGCUGGAAUGACCUUUGUUGUACAGAGCAGCUCAGUCUUCACUUCAGCAAUCACUCCGCUCAUUGGCCUGGAGGUGAUUAGCUUAGAACGUGCGUAUCCACUCACCCUUGGUUCCAACAUCGGAACUACAACCACAGCUAUCCUAGCUGCCUUGGCAAGUCCAGGGGACAAGUUAGCCAGCGCCUUCCAGAUUGCUCUUUGCCAUUUCUUUUUCAACAUCUCAGGGAUCUUGCUGUGGUACCCCCUGCCUUGCACCCGCCUGCCCAUUCAGAUGGCCAAAGCACUAGGUGAGCGGACAGCCAAAUACCGCUGGUUUGCUGUCUUCUACCUGAUCAUCUGCUUCCUGUUGUUGCCAUCGCUGGUUUUUGGACUCUCCAUGGCAGGAUGGCGGGUCCUGGUGGGUGUGGGAGCCCCUUUCUUGAGCCUUCUGGCUUGUGUGGCCUUUGUCAAUAUCAUGCAGUCACGAAGCCCUGGCCGACUGCCGCAGUGGCUUCAGAGUUGGGACUUCCUGCCAUACUGGAUGCACUCCUUGCAACCCAUGGAUGGGCUGAUCACUAGGGCCACACUGUGUUGUGCUGACCAUUGCUCAGGCAGUCAAGAUGAACACAGUGACAUCUCACCUCAGAUUAAAGCCAGAGCAGGCCUGCAUAACCCUUCACUCUCCUUCUUAGAGGAAUUGUCUCUACCACCAAGGCCCUCUCCCCAGCUAAAUUCACCACCAAUGCAAAGUGCUACCCGCCUGUAACCUGUGAUGGAACACAGGCCAACUGUUGCCUGCAGAUGGUGGUGCUCAGCAGAAAAGCAAUGACAGAACUGACCUCUGAAAGCAAGAAGGUGUAUCUGCCAGUGUGUGUGUUGAGCCUGAGCGCUGGUGGCUCCAUGUGUGACUCCAGCUGCCAUAUGUGCACCUGUGUUCCAGCUGUUAUGGAUUCAUCUGCCACUGUGCAUGACACUGUAUGGGAUGUGUGUGUGUGUGCCCAUAAGUGUGCAUGUAAGUGUUGUGUACAUCCUUGUGUGUGGUGUGCAUCCAUGAAUGAGCGCAAAACUGAAAUGCAAUUGUGUUUGUACCUUUUAAUGUGAGGGUGUUUUGUGUGCAGUGCACUGGAUACCUUGCCACAAGUCAGCCUUGAAAUAUGAGCAGUGUCUGAGCUCCAAAUGUUCUGCAUGGUGGCAGCAGGGAAGUUACUUCUGUAGUAAUACUGGGGAUUGUCCUAUGUAGUAUUUUACAGGACAUGCAACACAUUUGCAAAAUAUUAAACUUUAUUAACUCAUGGUGCUUGGAGAUCAUUCUCCACCAUUCUAUCUUGACAACAUGGUGUUAAUAGCCUCUUUCUGACCUCUUGAAUCUUUAAAUUUUUAGGGGCAUGCAUAAUG